GGCUACACCGCACAUCGUUGUUGCAUUGAAUGUCUUAGAAACUGCGUCAUGUGAUUUGCAGUCUAAUUGUUGAUGAGUUUCUUCUAUAUACUGUCGGGCACCUUGCGUUUGUCCUUCACCGUUUCAUAUCAUUAGUACCCGCAGCCGCGACAAAACCAAAACCAAUCAGCAGCUUCAAUAUGACUUCUUUCUUCCCAGACCCCAGGCGGAUUGUCACCGGCCACAAUUCAGAAGGCAGAGCCAUUGUAGUUGCCGACAGCCCAAUUCCAUGCGUGCCGACGCCAACGGGGGCCAAUUUUGCUGUGCUCUAUGAGACGCACCAAUUCCCGGCGUCCAACGACGAAUGGGUUGACCCUACCAAGACGCGAACCACUGAUUUGUCGAAUCACAAGGGAAUCAUCCUCCGAGUUGUCGACAUCCCACCCAAAGUGGAAACGGUAACAAUGUUCCAUCGGACGGAGUCGCUAGAUUUCGGCAUUCUGCUCAAUGGAGAAGUUAGCUGCCAUCUCGAUGAUGGUGUCCGCAUCGAUAUGAAGCCUGGCGAUGUGUGCGUCCAGCGCGGUACGAUCCAUGGAUGGACAAACUACUCGGACGAACCCGCUCGUCUGUACUUUGUCUUAUCAGCCGCUACACCUGUCAAGAUUGAUGGAAAGUCAUUGACGGCUACUGGAUAUAGCAAGGAAGAAGUCGAAAGUGGAGGCGCAUCACACUAGAUACUUGGUUAUAAAUUUUCUGCAAAGCGAUUCCUGGAAAUUCCCAUCUGUCGGAUAUUAGUGCCUAGAUGACCAAAAAGGAUGUCAUACACAUGCUUGGAUACAUUUGCGAAAUGUCAUGAUUUAGGAUAGGCGCGGUGCUCUUUCU